CCGCUUGGAAGAUGGCUGCGCCCUGUGGCUCGGAGCUGCCCGCCAACUCGCCGCUAAAAAUCCCGAAGAUGGAGGUGCUCUCCCCGGCUUCUCCUGGUGGCCUGAGCGACGGAAAUCCAUCGCUGUCCGACCCUUCCACGCCUCGGGGUGCCUCCCCGCUCGGGCCGGGCAGUGCAGCGGGCUCGGGGGCAGCGGCGUCCGGGGGUCUCGGGCUGGGGCUGGGGGGCCGCAGCGCCGCCUCGUCCUCGGUCUCCUUCUCCCCUGGUGGCGGCGGUGGCGGGGCUGCGGCAGCCGCCGCCGCCGCCUGCCGGGGCAUGUCGUGGACGCCGGCCGAGACGAACGCGCUCAUCGCAGUAUGGGGCAACGAGCGGCUGGUGGAGGCGCGGUACCAGCAGCUGGAGGGAGCCGGCACGGUGUUCGGCAGCAAGGCCCCUGGGCCAGCCAUGUACGAGCGCGUGUCCCGGGCCCUGGCCGAGCUGGGCUACGAGCGGACCCCGUCCCAGUGCCGGGAGCGCAUCAAGCUGGUUCGAUGCCCAGAACUGAAUGCUGUGCUCCAGCUGUGGCCUCACCGGUGCUGAAUAGAGAGGAAGAGCCACCUUCAUAGCUUACAUGUGAUUCCUCUGCUUAUACAACCCAAUACUGGAUUUACUUACUUUGGCAAGAUAGCUGCAUUGUGCACUGUAUUUAAUGUUACGUGUACUGUAACCCUGGGUCUUUCUCUGCAUUGCUGCCGUUAAACCCCCAAUCCUGCCAAUCUAGAACUCCUGCCUUUGUUUACCCGCACCCCCUCCCCCAUAGACCCUUCUUACAUUCAUCCACAAUGAAUGUCAUCUUUAUUCUCUCAUUUCCUUUCACUCCAGUCUUAAACUUUGGCGAAACUUUCCCUCUGUCUAUAAAUUAUCGGUUGUCAGCCAUCUUACUUUCCUCCCUGCUUUGGUAAUGGGACAAUCUUUCAAGCCUUUUCUCUGGUUCUUUUCCUGUUGGAGUCAUUAACCACUUGGCGUUUCUUCCAAACCGAAUACCUCCAGACUCUUCUGAUUUGACCACCUGAUCAAGUUGUUACCUCUCCUUUAGUUCUUCUUUCCAGAUUUUCUUGACUCCUCCUGACCUCUAUCCCUCUGACUUCGUUCAAGAUACAGUAUCUCACUCCUCUUCCCCAGAGGGGAGAUUGUAUAUUGAUUUACCAGGAAAUUUCUAGUAAUAAGGAAAGUGUUACUCUUCUCCAUUGUGAAUAGACUGGUCUUUAAUAAUUUUAAGCAAAUUCUUUCCCUGCCCCUACCCCCUCCCCGAGAUCAUAAUUUAAAAAAAAAAAAAAUGUUAGAGGUUAAUUUUCCAUACAUUUCUAAGACUAGUGAGCUAAAGAAAGAAGGAAGGGCAGUGAGGUGGGUAUUUGCGUUGGGUAGGAAAUGGCCUUCAAGAAAGCUAAACUGAGAUUCUUGUUGGGUUUGGCAUGGCUGUCUGAAAUGGGAGGUGAGACUUUGUUUUUCCUAGAUUCUGGAGCAUUCUCUUAAUCUCGGAUUUAGAGUAGGUUUUUAAGUUGGCUUAUUUAGGACUGUUGACACAGACACACAGUUAUUUAAUUGCCUGCUUUGGUUCAUCAUUUAGAGUGUGGGAAGUGUAACUUUUUCUGAUUGGAAGGUCUCCAUAUGCUCCUUUUAUCCAUUUCUAAAGUCCCUGCAGUUACACUGAAUUCCAGUGUCUCCUGUAGUGGUGGUCAAGUUCAUGUUUGAGUUCUCACCUUUUUUUUUUUUCUAUCUUAGUUGAUGUGUCCCUAUUCAAACAGCCUCUCCUUGGAUCUGUGGAUCUUUUACUGAACACAGAAGGUACCUCUUAUGUGUACUUAUGUCUUGAGAGAGUUAAAGUCAAUCUGGAAAUCUUUUUAACAUUAUUUCAACAUAUCAAAUUCCUAUCGUAUGGAUUUAUGAAUUACCAAACCUUUUUCCUGCAGGCCCCUGAUAGAUAUUUUACAUAUCAGCACAUUACACUAUUAAAGUGUAUUACAGAAGUACACUAUGAAGAAAGAGGUGGCAAGAUCUCAGCCUUUUUUGAUGAAAUAUAGAAUGUAUCCUGACUAUUCUUCGGUCUCUAAAAUCAUUAGAUAUUACUAGUUUCCUUAUUCACAGUUACAUAAGCCAAGUAAAAUUGUCAGCUCAAUUUGGUGGUUUCAAAAAAAGCCAGUCUUUUCUGUGGUUUCCUGUCAUGUAUAUAGUCAAUGAUUGGUGGCUUUGCUUUAUGCUCAUAUCACAUCCUGAGAAGGCUGGCACCUUUCUUCAAAGGAACAUCAGUUUUAUUCCUUGACUUCUGAAAUAACCCUCAGUGACAGAUCCCACUGGGCUCUUCUGUGUGCUGCAUGCUUUUCUCUAGGCAGCCAGUAAGGAGUGAGUGGUGGCAUCUCCAUUUAUGGCCUUGGAAGGGUGAAAGGGACAUGGCCGGGACUCUCCAUGUACGGUCCUUGGAGGAGUUGAAAAGAGUGGUUGGGAUGUUCUUGGAGGCAGAAACUAGACAUUGUGAGAUAAAAAUAAAUUGGCAAGGAGAUGUUUGCAAUUCAAAUUCCAAUCCCUGCAAGGAGGGCAGAGGGCACUGGGAAAGGGGAGUAUAUAGAAAGUCAAAUGAGAUCUGCUGCAGGCAUUUGUCUCCUUCCAUUGGAAGGGUUGCCCUGUGACACAUUUCCCAAGUUCCUGCCCGAUUUUUCUCUAGAAAGUUCUUUGUUAUGUAGUUGUGACUAUCUUUUACAAAGAGAAAGAGAGGGAACACUUUUAAAGAGUGUAUUAAUCAGAAACCUCAGUUCUUUAAGGCAUCGUUGGAGGCACCAGAAGAGAUUUCUAGAAAGUUGGGGGGGGAGAAGCAGGUGUGUAUGCAGGGGGUAGGCUGGCUGGUUUUCUGACAGGAGCCUGCUAACUGCUCUGUUUAUGUCUGAGGAAGAUCAUCCUGUGUGUCCUGCUUGGAUUAUUCCUUUUGCCCAUCUGGAUUUCUGGUCUCAAAGGACAGAUCUGCAAAGUAUUUGACGGUGUCUUGUCGUUUGUCAACUGUGAUUUAAAGAUGCGGAACUUUCAUGCAGGUUCUGUAAAGAUUAUUAAGAGUUGUUUCAGUUUGGUGAGAAUAUGUGAUAUAUUGGCUUAUGGAAAGUAAUCUCACAUUUAGGAGAAACCUACAGUCUGGCUAACAUGUAUACAUUAAGUCUGAGGUGAACGGGUUUUGUAGAGUUGUGUCAGAAAGUAUUUGAGAGCCAUCAGGGAAAAAGGGUCUUGUCUCUCUCAAGAAAAUUCUGAGUGAAAUCCAGUCAAGGAGAAGAGAGCUUCGAAGGAACAAAAGCAGCAGAGAUGGGAUAGACACUGGAUAGCACUGAACUAAAUGUGGAUGCUGGGACUAAGUCCUUGAUUUAUCCUUUAAAACAUGUAAGACAGAGUUAAAGAAGCAGGGCGAAUGAUUGGAAGUAUGCAUUGAAAGACCAUAAGAAAAUGGAAGUGUUGUGCAAGAUAAUAAAAUUGUCCGAGUUUUCUCUGUGGACUCACAUAGUGAUUUUUAUUUGCUGUGUGGCACAAGGCAGAGAAGGAAGUAAGAUGAUACCCUGUCCACCUCACUUCCCUCCCCGCCCCCCCCAAAAGGAAAUUAUUGGCCUUCUUUGUUGGUUUUAGCUGGCAAUUUGUGUUGGUUGAAUUGAUGAGUAUUGGCUAAUCUUUCGAUGUAGGAAUGAGUGUAUUGUUUCUGGAUGGUUGGUGUUUGAGACUGGGGAUCUGUAGCAUAAUCCGUUUGACCUCUUUCAAAUUUUAGCAACCUCCCUAAAGAUAGAGUAAGUUAGUUAAGGACUAUGGACUUCGUAAGUAAUAUGUUUUACUAGCUGAUUCAUUUAGACAAUUGUUUUGACCCUGUUUUCCUUCUUAGGAGUAAGGAAGGUUAUAUUCUUUGCUUUGGGAAAUUCUUCUUUCUGUCCUCCCUUCCCUCACUUUUUCCAAAUUCUGGGCACAAUAGCAGCUCUUUUCUCUUCUGUGGCAGGUGUGCAUCCUAUUGGCUGGCUGGUAUUUCUUGUUUUCUUUUUUUUUUUUCUUAUUCUUUUUAAAGGGGGGGUGGGGGUAUAAAAAUAUAUGUAUGGGGUACAUGCAAUAAUGUUGUAAUGUUUCUUGUUGUUUAAUGGAUGAUUAAUUGCAAAAUAAUUGUUUGAAUUAUAACAUGUUUGAGUAAAUGCUAAAUUAGUUUUUUUUUCUAAUAUAAUAAUGAAUUUGAAAUCUAGCAUUCCUGUAACAAUGUGUCUAUGUUUGUCUGUCUGUGUCUGUCUAAUAGUAAUUAAUAUCUGUGGUCCGUACCUGGAAGAGGAAGUACAGCUUUAAAGGAAUAACAAAAGACUUUGUGUCUUAGACCCUUCGCAGGUGUUACAGUCGGGUGAAAGAACAUGGUGUUGGGAAAAGAAAGAGCAGUUACACAUU